AUGGGCUUUACUCAGUGCUUUGGGUACCCUGGUGCUGCCAGCCCGGAGGCGAUCGCAUACCUGUCCCUUCUCUCGGUGGCCACAGGGACCGCCGGGCACCGCAACCUCCCUCCUCUCUUACUCGCUGUGGCUGAAAACAGUGGGAACAAACCACCCGAGCGUCCAGGUGCUGAAGCCGCAAGGUCUCUGCGGGAGAGAGGAGGAUCCCUUUCUCUCUCGUUAGCGCAGCCGACUGCCACGGGAAGCGUCUCGGGUCCGGCCCAGCAGCGCUGCGAGGGCUGCGACAACCUCUUCGGGGAGUAUUAUUGCGACAUCUGCCACCUCUUCGAUCGCGACAAGAAGCAGUACCACUGCGGCGAGUGCGGGAUCUGCAGGAUUGGUCCAAAGGAGGAUUUUUUCCACUGUUCCAAAUGCAAUUUGUGCCUAAGUUUGAGUCUUCGAGGAAAGCACAAGUGUAUCGAAAACGUCUCCAGGCAGGACUGUCCAAUAUGUUUGGAGGAUAUUCACACGUCUCGUGUCGGAGCUCACGUUCUGCCGUGUGGUCACCUUCUUCACAGAACAUGUUACGAGGACAUGCUAAAGGAAGGUUACAGGUGCCCUUUGUGCAUGCACUCGGCUUUAGAUAUGACAAGGUACUGGCGUCAGCUGGAUGACGAAGUAGCGCAGACUCCUAUGCCCACAGAGUAUCAGAACAUGAUGGUGGAGAUCCUUUGCAAUGACUGCAAUGCCCGGUCUACAGUGCCGUUCCAUCUCCUAGGCAUGAAGUGCAAAAACUGUGAGUCGUACAACACCGCCCAAGAUGGAAGAUGCCGACUGCCGCUGGAGGAGCAGUGACCGAGACGACGUGCUGCCUACAGCUGGACCAGGAAAACUGCCAUGGAAGAGACUAUCUA